ACUUCAGGUAAAUAAGUAAAUGUAUUAUUUAUUUUCACUUAUUAAAAUUCUAGACUUUCAAUGCUAUGCCCAUUUGUGAUUGACAGUCAACAAUCCAAACUUCAACUCUAUAAAAGUACUGUAUGUAACAAAAAUGUUACGAUUUUAUCAAAUGUUUAAAUGAAAUCAAUACCUCCGUUUUUUAUACAUUGGUUAAGGCAAAGUGUACCUAAUCCUUUGGCCGUCAAACAUUCCCAUGUGUGCAUGCGAGUCACUUCGGUGUACUUUCACUCUGCGGCCUGCUAGUGGCGCUGCGAUACCUCCAACCUGCCUUUUGCCCUGUGGAUUCGUGUCGAAGAAGAGCAGAACGGUCGAGGUUAUAAAGGUUAUAAACGGGUUGUAGUUCCACCUUCCGGCCUCCGAGCGACGCUGUGGCACCGUGAAUAUUUGUCCCCUACUUGCACACUAAAUUGAUGACGUCGAAAAAGAAAGGAUACGAGUGGUCACGUCAAGAAAACGAAAUAAUAAACCAUUGAACUUGUGAUUGAGUUGAUUUUUAAUGCUCUGAAUCCAAAAAAUGAACGAUGAUCCACUUUGAGAACAAUGCAUGUUAAUGACUUAAUGUCUUUUAACUAUUUAUUCUAGAACAUAUUACUCCAGCAUACGUUGAGGCCACGUGAACAGAUUCCCGAAAUUGAUUCUGUUUCGGCUCAGUGAAGGGAUCACUUGAUCACGCCGCACUCGUCUCAGCUCUGAAGCGCAGCUGUUGCAUUCUCCCGUGAGUUGAAACUCGCCUCGCAAGACAGACAUGAUAUGGUUGGGCCGCCUGAUUGAAAGCGACUUGGACUUUGGAACCUUAGUCGGCAGAAAAGGAACUCCUCAAAAUGGACAUCAGGAGAAAAAAGAUACUGGACAACAUUCGGGUCAAAACAAAGCUGAUGAAUUUUAUGAAGCCUAGUAAGAAGUCACUCGAAAAGCAGAAAAAGAAAGCAGCCAUCAGGCGCAGCAUAUCCGUACCGAAUCUGAGGAUCGAGGGCGAUGAAGCUCUUCUGCCGAUGAGCGCCUUGCCCACAACGUCUGAGGCCACAGUUUUUGGCAGUUUCCAGUUGAGCGAUAGCGAUUCUGUUGCUAGCGGCUCCAUCCCGGAUGGCGCAACAGGAUUGGACAAAGACAUUUUACACAGUGUUCCCUCAGACAUUGUCUGUAAUAGAAGUUCUUCGCCAUUUAACAUCCCAAAUGUCUACGGGGAACUUAAUAGUGACGCGAACUCGAGCACCAAGAAGAGGGCAAACACACCCGUAGACCAAGCCCAGAGGAAAGGUCCUAUUUUUAAUUUUGAUCCUCUAUCAGUCCCAAAAUCAGGUUUCACCAAAGCCCGAGCCAAUUCACCGAGAACAAAUUCUGCAAAGGGUUCUGAACAAUCUUGGAUGUCGGAGGAUAUCGCAGCGGAGAGAGCAAUGAUCAGUGAAGCCCUGGCCAGAGCAAACUCAAUGGGAGAGCAAACAAAUUACAGCCCGCGUCUUAAGAACGCACACAGCAGUCAGGACAGGCCGCCGUCUGGAAAACGGAGUCUGUAUGAACACAGAGAAAAGACUCCUCAGACAUCAGAUACUCUCGGUAUACCUCUGGACAGCGCAGAAGGCGGCAGCGAGGACUGUUGGUCCGGUGAGGACCAGGUGCCCACGAGUUGGUUGCCGGACACCGAGGGACUGGACCCGGAUAUUGUGCUUUCCAUUACAAAUGACUACAGCAUUGAAGAAUCGUCACUGGAAGGAGGGACGCAGGAGGAAAUUGAGAUGUAUAGCGAACCGUGUGAAUUCUUUGAGGAAAGUCUUCAAGAUCUACUAGAAAACCCAGUUUUGACAACAGGUUCCGACGUCCAAGUCCCGGCUCCGGUCCAGAGGUACCUGCUUUGCAUCAACUUGAAACAUGGACAAAACCUGGUGAUCCGUGACAAACGAGGUACAAGCGACCCGUACGUCAAGUUCAAACUGGAAGGAAAGCAGUUCUACAAGAGCAAAGUACUUUAUAAGAACUUGAAUCCCAGGUGGAAUGAGAUCUUCUCUUAUCCUCUGCGGGACCGAGAGCACAUUGUCGACGUCCGGGUCUACGAUAAAAAUCGGACCACUGAUGAAUUCAUGGGUUCUAGCACCAUUCCGCUGAAGAAUCUCGAACUUUACAAGACCUACGAAAUGGAGUUGCCCCUCAGCGACCCCAAAAGCAAAGAAGACGACAUGGGAAUCAUCUGCGUGGAUGUGUGCCUAAUGUUUCGCGACGCCACCAUCAAACGGAACUGGAGAUGGCCGGCCAAAAAGACCAAGGCGACGCAGUACCAAAUCCCGGCCGAGAUGCAGAAGAGUCAGUCCAAGUGUCGCAUGUGGACGGGGGCUCUCGCCAUCACCCUGGUGGAGGGUCAGGAUCUGCCGCAGAACGGCCUCGGCGACAUCUAUGUCCGCUUUCGUCUGGGCGAUCAGAAGUACAAGAGCAAGAAGCUCUGCAUUCAGGCCAAUCCCCAGUGGAGAGAGAAGUUUGACUUCAAUCAUUUUGCAGAUAACCAGGAACCUCUGCAGGUGGAGGUCUGUUCAAAGAGAGGCAGGAAGGGUGAAGAAUCGUGGGGAAUGUUUGAGGUUGACCUAUCCAGACUUGUGCUUAAUGAGAGGCAGCUCUACACUCAUAUGCUCGAUCCGGGAAAGGGCAGGCUGGUCAUUUUGGUCACCCUGCGACCCUGCUGGGGAGUUUCAAUCUCUGACAUCGAGACUGCGAUAUUAGACAAGCAGGACGAGAGAGACGCUGUGAUGGAAAAAUUUAACUUAAGUAACUCGUAUAAAUGUGUGGGGGAGAUCGGUUUCCUCCAGGUCAAGGUUUUGAAAGCAAAUGAGCUUCCUGCCACGGACCUCAACGGGAAAAGCAACACCUAUUGUUUGAUUGCACUGGGAAAUAGCAAACUUCAGACCCACACCGUCUACAAGAGCGUCAAUCCGGAGUGGAACAAAGCGCUCACAUUCCCGGUUAAGGACAUUAAUGACGUGGUGGAGCUGACCAUCCUGGAUGAAAAUGGGGACAGACCACCAAACAUUUUGGGCAAAGUGGCCAUUCCGUUACUGACUGUUCAAAAUGAGCAGCAGAUUUCUCUCUACCUGAAGAAAGAGGACUUGAGUGGCCCAGCCAAAGGAAACAUCACGCUUGAGUUAGCGGUUAUAUACAACAAAGUCAGAGCCGGUAUUAGAAGUUUCCAACCAAAGGAGGAAAAAUUUACGGAGGAGAAUGUGAAAUUCUCCAAAAAGGUUCUCGCCCACAAUAUCUACCGGGUCCGAAAAAUCAGCACGGCUGUUUUGUACACGUUACAGUACAUUAAGAGCUGCUUUCAAUGGGAGAACAGGCAACGGAGCCUCAUAGCCUUUCUGAUCUUCCUGGUGACAGUCUGGCACUGGGAGCUCUUCAUGCUUCCACUCUUCCUGCUCCUGCUCAUCGGCUGGAACUAUUUCCAGCUCCGUGGCAGAAACAGCAACUCCAACCAGGACCUGGUGAACAUGAGCAUGGGUGACUAUGAAGAGGACGACGAGAAGGAACCUGGAAAAAAAGGUUUGAUGGACAAGAUACACAUGGUGCAGGAAGUCGUAUUGACUGUCCAGAACAUUUUGGAAGAACUGGCAAACAUAGGGGAGCGGACAAAGAACCUUUUCAACUGGUCCGUUCCGUUCAUGUCGUGUCUGGCCUGCCUGGUGCUCUUUGUUGCCACGUCGCUAUUAUAUUUUAUUCCGCUGCGCUACAUAGUGCUCAUAUGGGGCGUUCACAAAUUUACCAAGAAGCUGCGCAACCCAUAUGCAAUCGACAGUAACGAGCUGCUGGAUUUCCUCAAGAGGAUGCCGUCUGAUGUUCAGAAGGUGCAAUACAACGCGCCGAGAGUGCCCAGCAGCCAGAACCCGCCACGCAAGAAGAAGUAAGAGAGCAGGAGUUCGACCCAGUCCGCCUGACAAACAACGCGCCGGUGCCACCCGAGCUCCUCCGUAGCGCCCCGACUCGGCCCCCCCCUCUCGCCUCCCAAGUCGCCCUCUGACUCGUGUGUUUGGCUCCCCGGCUGACAGCGAGAGGAAGAGGAGGAGGGCAGCUCAUGGCCCCGUCAAUCACCGGCCGGGAGGUAAAAAUAAAAAAAAAGGAGCAUUGCCUUCAUUGCCUUAGUCUUUGGAUGUAAUUUGGAGGAGGAAUGAGGCUAACCUCAGCUCCUCCAUUUUCUUUUCUCACCCAAAGCCAAAGUUAAUGUCAGGCUUAACAAUUCACGGAAAACAAACUAUGGCGAUAUAUUCCUCUUGAUCCGUACGGUAAUAUCCUCAAAAGUCAAAGAGCGUCACAUCUUUCAGAUCAGUGGAUCUUUGUUUUUGCACUGCUGUCCUUUGUUGGGGGGGAAGGAUGCCGUCAGUUUUUUGGAAUCUCCGGAACUGACUUUUCGUACUGUGAUCUGUUAUUUAAAAAAAGAAAUAAAUGUCCUAAAUGAUC